AUGAGCACGAGUACUGGCUCCGUUUAUGGAACCCAGCCACUAGGGAAAUUUCUGAAAAUUUUGGAUGUUUUAUUGGUUCUCGUGGUUUCAACUUCAAUUUUGGUUGUGAUAAUUCCACCGAGGACAACCGACGUGAGAGUUUUAAGUUUUGGUGAUAGUGUUUGGAGAAAUAUUGAAAGUUUCCCGGUUGUUCCUCUUCAUGUGGAUCCGAUAGUAUUUGGGCAUAAUGCUGUGUUUUUUAAUGGCACUCUUAACUGGUUGGCUAUUCACAAUUACACCAUGGAAUCUUGGUUUACUCGGCAGAAGUAUAUUACUGUUGAGCAGCUUAUCAUUGUUUCGCUUGAUCUGGAGACUGAGACAUACAAUAUGUAUACGUUGCCUCAGGGCUUUGUUCAUGUGCCGCCUACAGAGCCAACUGUUGGUGUGUUGGGGGACUCUCUUUGUUUUUCUUCUUGUUAUGUUUACAAUGAAGCUGUUUUUAUUAUAUGGCAGAUGAAGAAAUUUGGGGAUCAAGAGUCUUGGACUCAAUUUCUUAAGAUUAGUUUUCACGAUCUUCAGUUAAACUAUGACUUUAGCAACAAGAUGCGGAAAUAUCAUAUUUAUAUCAGCCCAUUGUUUCUUUCUAAGGAUGGUGAUACACUGGUAUUGCGUAGUCAUACAGAAGAGCAAGCAAUUCUCUAUAAUUGGAGAGAUCAUAGAGUGGAGCAAUCACGAGUUAGCGUGCAUAAAACUGUUAUUGAUGAUGAAACUUACGAUCAGUUAAAUUGGGAUGAUGCCAACGUUUGCUGGUGGAAGAAAUUGUCCAAAAUCACUUCAGAUGCUUCAUUCAUGGAGGAGGAAAACAAUAAGAAGUUGAAGAUAUUACACAAGAUAGAAGGUGAAAGGAAAUUCCAAAAGCAAGAUCAAUUGUUCUGUGUUUGA